UUGAAAGCAGAUGCAGAAAAAAGCAUACCUGCAACUGCUGAGAAAGGCAGCAAGCGUCGCACAGCUGGGAAUACAAAGAAAGUAACACGCUCAACAUUUGCACCGCAGCAAAAAAUUCAGCCACCGCGAUGUUUAAGAACCAAAGCCAACAAAGCAUUGCGCCAGCUGGCACAAAAUGAAGACGAAGAAAAUGCCGAAGGAAUGGAAAGGGAACUUUCUGUUCUUACUACAACUCGCGGAAAGAGUUAUUCACCCACAUUAUUAAUGUUAGCUAUACUCUCACUUGUUAAGGGUAUGGACGCAACUACAAUCUAUUGUAAAGAGGGAAUGGUGAACAUCUACCCCCCACCAACACCGUUCCAACUCUGUUUUGAUGACAACUGUAGAACAUUCAACAACAGUCCAUCAGUAAUGCAAUAUGAAUUGGCGCCUCAUCCCCGUACGCCCGACUACAGGAUAACCUUGCAAUCGGAAAAACGUAAAAAAGACAACACGACAAUGUCAAACACAACAAACAUUUCGUUGUCGGUAAUUACCACAGAAAGGCAAAAUGCCCCCUUCUCGUUAGCCACCUUCCGACCUGCAUCGCUAGCAUCUACAGCUCUGAUACUUAGUUUCGCCAUAUCACUACUAGCCACAUCAAGCUCAGCUUGUCAAAAUGGCUACAUGAGACACUCCAUCGACCUCGUCUGCUCGGAGCGAAGUGAGUGUCACUACGAGUAUAGGCGAGAGGUACUCUUCAAUGACAUCCAAACUAGCCUAUGCAUACAAUUGCGCCAUCGAAACGUAAGCGUUGGUCUCAUAACAAUAGAGCGCGUUUCAGAAGUUUUAUCAUGUGAGAAAAUCGACUUAUUUUGGACCAGAGAAACAUACCAUCGAAUGGACUAUGUUACAAGAUGCCUUGGAAUGGGAUCAUGUCGUACUGACAGAUGUGAAUCCAUGAAAUCCACCGAAAUAAUUCCUGAGUUGAACGAUAGCGCUCCUUACCCAGGAUACAGUUCGUGUUCCACACAAUGCAGCGGCAUCAGAUGCAUGUGCAUAAUCCCUUGGAUUGCUCCAUGGCGAGCUUGUACCUUCUAUCGCAUCUCGCAUAUUCCAACGACUUCUCAAGCAUACGAAGUCUUCGAAUGUGCUGCGUGGAAACCAACAGUCACGCUCAACGUUACGGUAGAAUUCUAUAAUAUCAGAGAAAGUGGCACUAUUUCAUUGACACCAUACUACACAAAGGAAUUCGCACAAUUCAACUUCACCGUAAUUUCGGUACAGACACCCCAAAUUGCCCUCCAUCAAAAAUAUGCACAAGGAGACAACGAAACUCUUGUUAUUCCAAACGAACACAUUUUCCCCGUAAUGUGCCAAAAUUACGAGCAAGCAGUUUCCAACUUUUCGCAAUGUGUCAACACACGUUACUGCGACUGCGAGGUUGAACUCCGUAGCAACAACGAUUACAUCUUACCGAAGUCAAGUCCGCACAUUACGGUAUAUGGCGCACAGAGAAAACUCUUUGCAAAAUAUAACAAAGGAGAAACAACAGUAGCAAUCAUUUCAACUACCAAACUAGAAAGCGCACAUCUGAACAUUGAUUCACCGUGUUCAAUAGAUGUCAAAGAUUUGAAAGGAUGCUAUAACUGUGACCAAGGGAGUUCGCUCGAAAUCGCAUGUCAAGCGAGCAGUGUCUCAUGGGCAACAAUUGACUGCAUGAACAACAUAUUCUCAAUCAGAUGUAGUCCCAAUACUACAGUAACGUCUGUCAAGCUAGCAUUCGAUAGAGCCGUAAUAGACGGAUAUUGCCGCACAAACUGCGGCGGUAAAAAUGUAACAACAAAACUGCGCGGUAUACUUCGCUAUGUUACCUACUCUGGCGAAGCGGAUAUCUUCCUCAGAGCCACAUCCACCAAUGUGCCACAGCUUGACUGGCUACGCGAUUUUCAUCUACCGGACAUGUCCCCCAUGUGGAUGAUCUUGCUUGGGCAUUGGAAAGUCACUCUCGGAACCAUAAUAACUUUGGUGUUGCUUAUCAUACUCACCUAUCUUUUUGGUCCGGCGAUAUUACUAGCUCUGGUUAAAAUGAUAGUUGCAAUCACUAUUUCUCUCGGCAAAUUGGCCGUCCACCUCCUAGAGCUCGCCGUAUCAUCACUUCGAACUACAGUACACCAUGUCAAAACAGAGCUACAAGCAUAA